AUCGCUAAUGGUACCUAACACACGGCUUAGGUAGAUUAACAUCCGUUUACUGGAUCUUUGUGAGCCCCUUUGUGGCCUUGCUCGACUCUUGCACUAGGCUUGGACACCCCAUUCCGCCAAGCGCUUUCCAGGAAUGGCAACACAACUUAACAUGAGGCGUUGCAGCGCUGGUGCGCGUCAGUCGCGAAGGGAUGCUGUGCCGUUCACGCCCUACCGCCAGUUCUCUGCGUCGCGGCCUGGCGCUACGCCCUAUGCUCAGGCUAUCUUCGCCUUGCGCCUUCAAGAGCAGAGGUUACAGCGUACCGCAACUUGCACCGCCGCUGCUCAGGCGACAGAGACUGUGGCCGCUCCAGUUGAAGCUCCCGCAUCCGAUGCCACCGCGGAUCCAACGACCAUGGACAUCCGGGUGGGUAAAAUCGUCAAGUGCGAGCAGCAUCCAGACGCCGACAGUUUGUACGUGGAGCAGAUCGAUGUGGGCGAGCCAGAGCCGCGAACCAUCGUGUCAGGCCUCGUCAAGUUCGUUCCGCUGGACGCCAUGCAGGAUCGCAAGGUGAUCGUGCUGUGCAACCUCAAGCCGCGCAACAUGCGCGGGAUCAAGUCGAACGGAAUGGUGCUGUGCGCCUCCAACGCGGCUCACGAUGCGGUGGAGCCGCUGAUGCCGCCGGCGGAGGCGCCUGUGGGGGAGCGGGUGUACUUCGGGGAGGGAGGCAAGGAGCAGCCUGCCCCUGCGGAGCCCAACCGCGUGCAGAAGAAGAAGCUGUGGGAGGCGGUGCAGCCGCUGCUGCGGACGGACGAGCAAGCCACCGCAUGCUUCCGGGAUGCGGUGAUGCUCACGAGUGCGGGACCUGUGCGGGCGGCCAGCCUCACGCAAGCCAACAUCGCGUGAUGAGAGGAAUGUGGGUUUAACGGCGUUUAAGGGUAUAGGGUAUAGCAGCAAUUAAGCCGAGUAAAGAUUUAGGACAAAACAGAUGCUAAGUUGCGAUGCAGGUGGUGGCAAAUGGUUGUAUUUGUGUUUGUUGUGGUGGUAAGUUUUGAGGGGAGCGAGAAGGAGGAGAGU